CAAUCGUAUGGAAUGAUUUCAAAGGAAAUAAAUCUACUAAAACUGACUUUUUAAACGAAAUAGUCGCCUGUUAUUAUGAAAUCGUUACAGAAAUGCCUGACACGUCGACUUGUGGGUUCAUAUAAAAUGUAUUAAACGUCAGAUCACGUUUAUUAGGUCAGAUUUUAAGGAAGUGAUGAAGUCUCCGGUUUGUGUAUCCUGGAUCCGGAUGACGUCGGUGAACGGAACAGGUGCUCACGUUCAGUCCGCGUCGAGAGCUCUGAUUGGAUGAGAGACGCUCGAGUGUAUCCUGAUUGGCUGAGCGGUCAUGGGGCGUGUCCACAGGUGAGUGCUGCGCUUCUAGCGUACAGGGAAGUGAACAGUUCAACAGACAACAUCUCACACUGGACGUCAUUAUACAUUUAUAAACUGGCAGAUGUGGUAUUAUUAGCAGGGAGGGAUGACCACACUGACCAAGAGGAACCGGCGCUCUGAGGCUCCAGCGGACCGAUGGAGUAACGCUGAGGAGAAGGAGGAGAAAACAGACGGCACGGAUGAGGAACAGGACACCGACUCCAAAUCACUGAGACUCACUCUGAUGGAGGAGAUUCUGCUGCUGGGGCUCAAAGAUAAAGAGGGCUACACGUCGUUCUGGAACGACAGCAUCUCGUCAGGCCUGCGCGGCUGCAUUCUGAUAGAGCUGGCUCUGAGAGGACGCAUUCAGCUAGAACCGCAGAGCUCACGCAAGAGAAAACUACUGGACCGCAAGGUGCUGGUGAAGUCCUCCGCUCCCACCGGUGACGUGCUGCUGGAUGAAGCGCUGAAACACAUCAAGAACACAGAACCACCAGAGGAUGUGUCCAGCUGGAUCGAGCUGCUCACAGGCGAGACGUGGAACCCCUUAAAGCUGCACUACCAGAUGCGUAACGUGCGCGAGCGUCUGGCCAAGAGUCUGGUGGAGAAGGGUGUCCUGAGCACGGAGAAGCAGAACUUCCUGCUGUUCGACAUGACCACACACCCGCUGACGGACAGCAGUGAGAAGCAGCGUCUGGUGCAGCGUCUGCAGGACAGUCUUCUGGAGCGUUGGACCAACGACUGGCGCCGCAUGAGCCGCCGCAUGCUAGCGCUGAUCCUGCUAGCGCACGCCGCAGACGUGCUGGAGAACACACUGUCCUCGCUGAGCGACGAGCGCUACGACACCGCUAGCACACGCUCACGCAGCCUGCUGGAGGCUGACCCCGACCUAGAGAGCGCAAAGGUCACGACCCCCGCCGAGGAGAUGAUCUGGACCGUGCUAGCAGCCUUCAACAGAUCCUGAGAGAGCGCCCUUCAUAGACAGCAUCCCUGCUCCCUACAGAGACAGCAGGAGCAUCACCGUUCAGAGCCUGUCCUCACAUAAUCAUAGACAUGUUUCAGGUGCAGGCGCUUUAAACUGUUGCUCUUUCUUUAUUACAUCUUUGGAUUUACAUAUUUUUAGUUUUAGUAAUUUUAAUACUUCAUCUUUAGCUUAUUUAAUUUCAGUUAGUUGCCAAUUUC